UUACUUUGAAAUCGUUUUGAUUAACGCGGAGGCGUUGGAAAUUUAAUAGAGAACAUUAACUAUGCUCCGGUGUACAUUUGUAUUGUAAGAAAAGCUUCCUUCUCGGAGUCACGUUUUGAAGUGAUUUAAAGAACGACAUUGCGCAAGAAAUGAUUUAUGCGCGUAGGCACGUACCAAAAUUAGCGGAAUUAACCAAAAGAUAUUGAAGUACUUGGGUUUGUUUCUUUUUUUUUUCCUUCUUUCGUUCCUUCCUUCCUUCCUUUUCUCAAAAUUUCUUCGUAAGGCAAUAUUAAUUCAUAAAACUACGUUGAGCAACGUUUAUUGUUCAAAUAUACGCCCACAACCGAUGGGACCCACUGGAAAUACGUGGUCCCUCUACAUCCUUUUUAAAAAUAAUUACAUUUCGUUACCAGACUGUGGUACACUUUGCAAAGGGGAGAAUCCAGAUGUAUACGAGCACGCGUAACGGAAGAGGGAAGACUGCGACCCCCUGAUGAAGUCGGAAGUGACACUGUUAUUCCUUUUCUCUUUUGCCAUGUUUGCUUUAAUCAUUUUUCAAUUCAAUCUAAAUAGAGCGUGGUUGUUUCCUAUGUUUAUAUCAAAAAUCAUCAAAAUCUUUACGAUUUACUCAUGCUUCCUUAUUUUCUCCUUAAAAGGUAAUCAACUAUCUGAGUUUGAAGUAAACAAUUGUGUAAUUAAUGAUGGACUACUGUCAUUAUUACUUAAUUAUGGACAGAAAUUGACAAAUAAGAUGAAUGUUACUGAUAUCAAACAAAUUCUAUUCCAGGAUAAGGACAAUUGAAAAAAUUUUCAUCAGAGAUAUAGAUCGUGAGAAAAUGACAACAAAUAAAGUCUUAUCUUUGGUUCGAUCAACGUUACUUUGACAACGUUUGAAGAACACUUCAGAAUGGAAGCUUCAUUUAAUAAUCGUUCGUGCAAUAGCAAAAAGGUAUACUGUACAAUCGAAAUAUAUAUAUAAUAGCUUCAAAUAAAAUCUUUGAAUUUUUUUUCAUCUAGAUAAUUUCAAUGAGAAAGAAGAGAGAUUUUCCCAGCUAUACAUCUUUGGAUUAAGACCCAAAAUCAUUGAUAGAUCCAACUUAUGCGGGCCCUCCGAGUAGAAUCGUGAACCAAUAAAAGAUUCAUCCAUUGAAAAAUUUGAAAUGAUUCGACAAAUGAAUUUCAGGAGACGAAUCAUCGGUAUUUUCUCAAGUCAAUGAACUUUUAAGUCAUAUCUAAACAAUUGACACUACAUAAUUGAGUCAUAAAGAUAUAUCAGCGGUUGAAGAUUUCUUAUCGAGGACAAUAGAAUUUCUGUAGAAAGGUAUCAGCAUUUGUAAGAAACCUCUAUCGGUGUCAGGAUCUAAUCGAAAAGGAGAGUAGGAAGACAAUAUCUUGCUGGGUCAGUCGGUUUCUCGAGCGUGCAGCUGCAGUUACGACGGGACUACGAGAGUUGCCUUCGUUAUCCAGUAAAGAACGUAACACCUUCCCCUUCCAGUUUUCCAUGUGGGAAGACCCCCCACCCCCACUCAUCCUGGGGCCCGUAUGCAGUGUGGUCGCGUAAGUUCUACCGACAGUUCGUUAAAAGUGACGGUGACGCGCGCGACUUCGUUCUUUACUAACUUACAAAUUCAUCCUUCUAACAAACAAUCCCUAUUGUGUCAUUUUAUACAAAUCCUUGUGAUAACUUACAAUCCUAUACAACUAUAUAUUUGUUUUAUUGAAAGAAAUGAAGUACCUUUCUUUAUCAAAGAACAUUAACACUUGUAUAAAAUUAUUCAUCCUAUUAGUGUGACUCAUCAUCAUUCGCUUGUAUUUUAAUCGUCGUAAUACCAUUAAUGAUUAUCACGAGGAAACUUCGUCAAAAUUACGAAUGAGGAUAAAAUCUAGAAUUUCUACGAACGUGGGCGAAUUCAGAAUCCUGUUCUGUGCGUUUCAAAAACGGAACAUCAAGAUGAUCCACUUGCAGUGUUAGGAAAACUAUUACGGGAUCCUUUGUGGAUUAAUCAAAAAACUAAGGCUUUAAUUGUGAUCGAAUAAAAAUGGAAUCAUUAAAUCAAAAUCUUCGUGGCUUUGACACAAAUUCUAUGUCCACGUGGCCGUCGCACGUGACGAACAAUACAACCCAUGGUAGUAUCAUAGACGGCGAGCUUUCAAGAUUUCCAAGACCAUUAAGAACAUUUGCCGCGAUCGUAGCUAUACUCAUUAUGAUCACGGGUCUAGCUGGCAAUCUUCUAACCAUCGUUGCCCUUUGCAAAUAUCCUAAAGUUCGUAACGUUGCAGCGGCGUUCAUAAUAAGCCUUUGCGUGGCAGAUUUCGUGUUUUGUUCGUUGGUAUUACCCUUCGAUUCUAUCAGAUUUGUCGAUGCAAGCUGGGCAGACAUUCGAUCCUUGUGCAUCCUCGUACCGUUCUUGAGGUAUGGAAAUGUUGGAGUCAGUCUUUUGUCCGUAGCAGCUAUCACUAUUAACAGAUAUAUCAUGAUAGCUCAUCACGGAAUAUACAGUAAGAUUUAUAAAAAACAUUGGAUCGCUGCUAUGAUCAUCUUCUGCUGGCUGUUCGCCUACGUGAUGCAAGUACCAACGUUGUUAGGCAUUUGGGGAAAGUUUGAUUACGAUAUGUAUCUAGAAACAUGUUCGAUAGUAAAAGACGAUCAAGGUCAUACUUCAAAGAGGUUUUUGUUCGCUACGGGUUUCGUGAUACCGUGCGUAGUUAUCGUCGGUUGUUACGCAAAAAUAUUCUGGGUCGUUCACAGGUCCGAAUCGAGGAUGCGAAAACAUGCAACGCCGACAAUAAAAUCGCCACACACACCUGGUAGAGAUACCAGAGAGAUCAAACAGAGACGUAGCGAAUGGAGAAUCACGAAAAUGGUACUCGCUAUCUUUCUCAGUUUUCUAGUCUGUUAUCUACCAAUCACUAUCGUAAAGAUGGUCGACGUUAAUGUUAAAUAUCCAGGUUUCCACGUUCUUGGAUAUCUUCUUCUAUACUUUGCUUCCUGCGUGAAUCCAAUAAUCUACGUUAUCAUGAAUAAACAAUACAGACAAGCAUACGCUGGGGUGAUUGGUUGUUCGAGGAUAAGGGCGAGUUUAACACCUUUCGGGAGCAGUGCGCCCGGUCAGCACCAGCAAGACUUCGGCCAAGAUUUCUCGAAGACUAUGGUAUCGACCGUUUCCAUUGCCAUGAGUCCUGUCAAAAAUAACCAGCUGGAAGAAGCUCUGUAAAACGGUCGAUUAAAGAAACCAAAAGGAUCUCUGAAUGAGAUCAAAAUUCUAAUCAAAAGACAAAGGAAACAGAAAGCUGCUGAAGACAAGUUUUGUACAAGUGUAGGUGUGUCGAAUGCAAUUCGAAAAGACAGAAACUAAUGUAAAUUGUUCGCCGACUGAAAAGAACGAAACGUCCCUAAGGACUACUCAAUUGAAAUCGAUUACGCGUAUUUAUAGCAUCGACACUAUACAAACGAGUUAGUUUAGCGAUACGCGAUAGAAAUUUCGCGAUUCGCAAUACCACUGAAUUACCAAAGUAAAACCGUGUUAAGAUUAAGAAAUAAGUAAAUACGCAUUUACGUUUAUCCGUAUCGAUAGAUUGUGGCGAUAAUAAUUUAAUGAUAAUAAAAGAGCUAGUCGAAAAUCAUUUAGGGAUAGAAAUGAUAAAAUUCCAUUUGUAAAUAUAUUAUUGUAUCGUAAAAACUUGAGUAGCAUUAAUGUCGUAUAUGUUUAAAAAAUAUAAAAGAUAAUUAUAAAAUUA